AUGAAUCCAACAUUAUUAUUUUUGCUAGUCACGGCGACAGUUCUACACGCUCUACCAACACCAGACGACAAGGAGUCAACAGUUGAAAUUAUAGAAGUUAUUGGUUUCGUUCCUGUUGCGGUGCCGUUGAACGAAUCGGGAACAGACAGUACCCCAUCACACGACGUCCAGAAGAGAUCUGCCGUACCUGAAGAUUUAAUAAACAACGAUCUUCUUGGAGAGUCCGAGGCGUUACAAGCCGACAGCGACGUUGCAGGACUUGUUAGAAGAAUCAAGACGUUACCGAGUUGGGUGGGUUAG